GACGUAUGAUGUCUCUGGGAUACGGGACUGUAAAUGUUACGGUCAAGCUGGUAAGGAGGGGUCUAUUGUAGGUAUAACGCACAUAUAUGAUUACGGACCACCUGUGCCUGUUCCUACAAGGUUCAUUACAGGUUAAGAGACCGAUCUGCACAUCAUGGCGGCUCCAUCUUGGCUUUGGGUGUUCCAGCAAGUGUAGGAGAACAUCAAUCGUACUCAUCGGUUUUGUUUGAGGAAUCACCUUCUUCUUAAUUCAAAUUUUUGCUCGUGUUGACUUGAUGGAAUCCUGGACCAUUGGAAGACAUAUAUUGACAUAGUCAUAGACCUAAAUGGCACGGUCUUCACUCCAGGUUUCGUGAUUUCAUUUGCAAACCUUCGCUUCUGCUCUUUACUAAGUGUGGAAGAAUAGUUUCGAACUUAUUUAUAAGUCUUAUUAGCCAGAUCGCGUUGUUUUCAAGUUCUUGUUUGUAUUGAUUCGACGAAAUGUUUAACAGUGGACUGGAUAUUUUGGAGUACAAAAUCGGACAUCAUCUCGUGUUAAAACACCUCGACUCGUUUAGGAGUUUACGUUUGAUAUCAACUGAGGCAUAUUUCGCUCGACACCUGGAUUCCAGCCGCUGUAACUUUUUUGAGGGAAAAGUAAUAGAUUUACUAAUUGACUGUUCAAUAUGAUGUUUCCAUAGCAACUACAGCGUGUCCUAAUAGAGUGGAACUUGAUCGAAAUCGCUGUGCAUAGGAGUAGCAGGAAAGUUACAUCUCAUUAAAUGAAUUAUGAUGGACCAGCAUAGCACCGAAGGAUAACCCUUUGAAUCUCGCAAUCAAGAAAAAGAAUUAAAUAGACUUAAUCUCUGAUUCUCAUGGAGUUAAUACCCUUCGUUUGUACCAUUUUAACUUAAACGAUUUGGCAACCUAAACUGAGAGAUAAAUACUGUGUAUCAAAGAUAUCGUGUAUCGUCCAAAUGUUUUAAAAGUUUUAAUAUUCAUAAACUACUUUUAAUGAAUGUUAACAAUUACUCGUCUUUGAGUUUGCAAUACACAGUAAACGGGUAUAAUCAUAAUCAUAUUGAGGAAUACAUGAACAAAAUACCAAAGCGAAUAGGGGGCAACCCUCCAAAGUAUAUAACGGGCUUUUUGUUUAAUUACAAGACUGUAUAGUGAGUUCAAACUAAGAUGGCGACGGGAGGGGUUGAGUUACCUCAAAUUCGACCACUAGGUCGGCCGCUGAUAAGAGCAAACUCGAUCAACGCCGGCCUAGGGGAUUCAACAAAACUCGUCGACAUCAACUUAAGUUCUAGCUUGAUGAAACGACUACCAGCCACGAUCUCGUCAACGCUAGGUCAAGGGGAUGAAGUGGUGAACGAAGGAUCCUCCACUCGGCGUCGCUUCUCUCUUCAGCCCCCGGUGAAAAACAAAACAACCGAGAAACGUCAGAAAUUUUACAAGCGGUUAAGCAGUCGUAACUUAAUGGGAGCGCAAAGCGGCGCUAAAAGCAGGACUUCUGAUAUUCCAAGUAACCUUGGUAAUGGUAAAAUUAGCGAAAAGGAUGGGAGGGGACGGCGUCAGCUUACGCGAUCGGAGAGUUUUCGUUUAGGAGCCAUUAAGGAACUCGUAAAGCAAAAUAGCUCCCUGAGUGAUAUUUACGACGACAGUGCGUACUUACGGCGGGUCAGUAACUUCAGUGAUGGGGCAGUGGAUGUGGUCAAAACGCGCGCCGUGCCGCGGACGCGAGGGUCAUCCCUCACCAGACAGAUAAGUCUUCUCAGUCUCCGUUCGAAGGGGUCGACGAUGUCGUUGAUGAGUUUAGACACGGGGGAGGUGACGGGGAGGGCGGAGAGGAGGAAGAGCAGAGGUAGUUUCGCGCCAAGUUUACGGACGAGAAAGGGAGGUCGCCAGGGAGAAUCACCUUCAAGAAUUGGCGGGAGAUUAAGCAGGCGAUCCCAACUCAAAGCCAUCGCUCCACCUCCAAGUGUGUUAAAACACCGUUUCAUGAAGGCUGUUCGGCUACUUCAGCUGAUAAAUCGCUCGUUUCAAAUCAACAAAAGUAGCCGUUACGUGAAGGAACAAGACAGUGAAUGUUUAGGACUAGGUGGCCCACCGUCGCCCAGAAAAGGAGCAAGAAUCUUCUUCGAUCUCAGUCACUUCAAAGCUAGAAAAGAGGGUCAGCUAAGUUGUGAAACCAAACGAAUUUUGAGCAAGGAAUCAAGCGAAAGAACCCCUGAGGAAGUACAGAAGGCAUUGGUGUCACUUCGAAACACAUUGGAUGCUUUCUGUGAGUUCCCUGUUCAAAUGCAACAAUCCAUCGCAAAGUUUGGAUUCUACAACAAGCUUGAGAAACGUCGUAUCAUCAUCCGAGAAGGAUACCGAGCGGAGAACUUUCACCUGAUGCUAUCCGGUACAGCGGUUGUCACGACAACCACACGCGAUGGGGAGACUCAGGAAGCGAGAGUUAGACUCGUCAACUUCAUCAGGAGGGGAAACACUUUCGGAGAACGAGAACUGAUGACGGGCGUAGUAAGACCUCAUACCAUCGUCUGUCACGAGGAGGUAGAACUACUGAGUCUUGACAAGGAGGAGUACGUCACCAUCUUCAUCCCGAAACACGAACACGAGAUCGUCCAGGACGUCGGCAUAGCUAGCUUUCUUCGAACCAUCAAGGUCUUUCAAGACUGGCCGGUCGACAAGCUUCCGAAGAACAACCCCGCCAUCUGUCUUCUCACAUACUUUAGAAAGGGCGCAGUGGUUUGCCUUGACAGCAACAAGACGGAGUGGAUUUUUGUCAUCAAAACCGGAGCAUGCCAAGUAUUGAAAGAACUCAAAGAACCGACAACCUCAACUCCACGCAAGAAGAAGGGGAAAGAAUCUCCCAAGAAGAAAUACACAUCUCGUAAGACAAAUCAAAGGAAGAAACUCAUGUUACCUCCCAUCAUCAAGGUAACCGAAGACCACGCCCCUUCAUCGUCCUCCUGGCUUUCCAGCCCCACCCCUAGCAUACGGGAUGACGUCAGCAUAGGGAGCAUGAUGAGUGACGAUGAGACGAAGAAACCCAAAGGAGGGAGAUUCUACAACGCGGCCAAGACGGUCUUCUCUACCGAAGUGCGACUCAAGCAGAAGCUGGACUGUAUUGGAGACGCUGAGGAGCAUAUCUCACUCUUAGAUAACCUUACAGCUCGGAGUAGAAGCCCUCGCCUCGCCGACUUAACGACAACGUUAAUGGCAUCUGUGUGCUCAGACGCUGGCAGUGUACGGAGCGGUGACGAACGGAAUUCUAUCUUUCUCAAACUGCGUAGAUGUGUCACGGGCGAAGUUUUCGGCCUCAAUUCAGUCCUCUUUAAGUCUGUCGGGGGUUCCCCAAGUCUAACUUUGACGUCAGAGGGAGCAGAAUGCAUCCUCAUCUCCAAAAAUUUCUUCCUGCAGCAUCUCACUGAGACGGCCAAAGAUCGUCUGCUACGUACGGUUCCUCCAUGGCCAGCCGAAGCACGCUUACAGGAGUUAGUUCAAGAACAUGCAGACUGGGACCGAUACAAGUCAGCCAUGAUGGGGGAUAUCGUCACCUUCAAGCAGAAUGUAGCCGCAGGUACAAUCUGAUGAUGACUACGAUAUUGACGUCGAUGGAAGCGACUUCGUUGGUGAUAACGACCACUUUGAUGACAUCGAGUUUGAUAAUCGUUUCAUUUUGAGAAUUUUUUUUCCUAAAAUAUAUUUUGUUCUUUAAUUAUUCCAUUAUGCAUCCGAAUGGGAGUACUCAUCGUUAUCUCCUAGGAGUAAUAUUAGAUACACUUUUGUUAGCGAUAGGGAGGUAUUGAUUAAUAUUCAUCUUUCUUCACUUCAGGGAUCAUAUUCAUCAUUUCUUCACUUCCAAUAUGACUUUGUCUUCAUUUGAUAAUCGCUGAUCCUGUCUUUCACUGUUCAUUUUAUUUAAUUAUAUAUUUUUUAUAUUCGAGUUCUCUCUCUCUCUCUAUUCCCCUUCCUUUGUCUAUCUCUCAAUCUAACUGCGUUCAAAGCAUUACAAAAUUAAUGACGGAGUACAUUCAAUGAAUUCAAUGCCAAUUUUAUUAUUUGUCUCAAAUAUCAACCAGAAUCUGAAUUUUCAUCAUUGUUUAUUCAUUGUCUAGAAAUUAUUAUCAGCUAUAUAGACAAGAUACCACAAAAACAUUUUUAUUGCACAAAUUGCAAGGUACGUCUUAUACCUACAUCAACCCAAAUGGCUAAGAAAAAUAAAAUAAAAAAGUUUCUGAGAUACGGACGGAAUAUGUACAAAUAUUCAAACCAUUUUCUUAUAUAGUUUCGAAAUAUACAAAUAAAACUCUCUAAUUUCAAAAUGAGCUAGUCGGUACAUUGCAUCGACUUUCUAGUCUAAAAGCAUGUUUAAAACAUACCUUGUAUAGAGUUGUGUUUCACUAAGGUAAUUAUUUCACAGAAAAUUAAUAACUAAUGUUCAAAUUGUUCUGUGUUAUCGUAGUUUCCAAAAUAUCAUUACAGUAUGACAAUUUUUCUACUUGAUAAUUUAUUACACAUUUCAAUGACUCGAUUUGAUUUUCAUAAAACAAGAAGUUUAUACGUAUUUGACUAAAUUCUUAUUACAAUUAACAAUAUUCCAUUCGAAAUAAAGAUAUGUAGGGCAAUAUCAUAGUUUGUCAAACUUUUUAGUAUUCUUAAAUUGACCCAAAUAUACCUCAAAUAUUACGCUAUCGUCAAUCAAUUGAGAUAUAUGUUAUCUCGUCUUUAUGUUUAACCUUGUUGAAUGGUGCUAUUCAUAAAUAUAUUCUGUACGGGAAAAAAAGAAGUUCGAUUACAUUAAAGAACUUUGUAAAUUAUGUCAUGUGACCAUAAUGAUUAAAAUGACGUUUACAAUAAAU